UAUUUGGUAUUUGGUGCAUUUGACUUCAUGCGGCACUGCGCGAUCCGAUCAUCAUAUGAAAUCAAAUUAUCACGGCGCAAAAGUGACUGUAAAGCAGACUGGUGUAUUCAUGUGGUUGAACAACAGCCAAAAGAAUGACAUCAGAGUACCGCGAGAGCGAUUCGAGAAAUCACACAGAGAAGUCUGCUUUCUAAUCGCUCUCGCGGUACUUUGACAUCACCAAACGGUCUGCGUAGCGCCAAAUGAAAUCCAAUCUGUUCGCAGUCUGCAGCUCACACGACACAAACCAAACAGUCCCUGUGGAGAAGUGAACGAGUGAAGCAGAGCUACGAAACAUAACAAAAUCCGGAGAGUUAACGCACAUAUGACUAUGUCAACAUUUAAAUCAUCAGUCCAGUUUAUUACUUCAUCUGGAGGUGAGGAUGCACUAAAUUGUGGGCAUGUUGAUGUCCUGAUGGUUUUUGAUAUAAUCCACUAGCUAGCCUAACUUUCCUGUAGUUUCUCUUUCAGCAUGUUUGUUGUGCUUAACAGAAUCACAGUUUAAACUUCUGAAAAGUGUUCAUUUUUAUAUCUACGUUCAAGGUUUCAAUGUAUUAUGUUCAUAUCAGACGCAAAAAUUAAUGAAUGGUCAACUUCUCCACUUUGGUUUUUGGUGUCUAAUAUUACAUGAUGGUCUUGUCAUAAUUUUUAAAUAACAUCCUAAAAUAUUUUCUUUUUCAUACUUAAACACUGCACCACUUGUAUUAGGCUAUAUGCAAAAAAUACACUUGUUGAUUAUGUUUACACAUUAUGGUGUGUAAUAAGGUGAAUGUUUAUCAAGACAUAUUUUUAUUUUACUUUUAAGCAAUAGGUUUUUGGGGUGAUUUUUGGUUCCAACCUAUCAGAGCAACCAUCACAUGAAAAUCUGACAACAAAUAUAUUUUGUCUUCGUUACUCUACUGUUUUAUAAUUUCAAGCGCAGCAAAAUUAUAUUUUAAUGAUUUGCUUACAGAGUCUGUUUCUGUCUUACUAAUAAUAAAAGUCACAUUGAACACUCAAUAUAGGGGCGUUUGGGUGUGUGGUCGUAAAUGUCCUCUAAGCACAUAUUACACAAAUUGAUUGUUCAACUAACGUUCAAAGAAAUAAAGAUUGUGAGGACUUUUGUGAGGCUAAAGCCACACCCUCACGAUCAGCAACGCGUCUCUCGGGUGUCCUUGGAAACUCCAAGUGCGCGCCUGCGGAUGGUCAAGGGACCAAACGCACGGACACCGCAACACCCGAGUGAUGGAGGCUGAAGUUCGGAAUCGCCAUGAAUGACAAAUAUCACAGGGCAGCUCGAGAUGGAUACCUUGACCUGCUGAAAGAAGCGACGCGGAAGGACCUGAACGCUCCGGAUGAGGAUGGCAUGACACCGGUGCUAUGGGCCGCGUACCACGGCAACUUGGACGCCCUGCGGCUUGUGGUGGGCAGAGGGGGUGACCCAGAUAAAUGUGACAUAUGGGGGAACACGCCACUCCACUUGGCUGCUGCCAACGGUCAUCUCAACUGCUUGUCCUUUCUGGUGUCUUUUGGUGCCAACGUGUGGUGCCUGGACAACGACUACCACACGCCGCUGGACAUGGCUGCCACCAAGAAUCACAUGGACUGUGUGCGCUAUCUGGACUCCAUUGCUGCCAAGCAGACAACCCUUAACCCCAAACUAGUAAGCAAGCUGAAGGACCGAGCUUUCCGUGAUGCUGAAAGGCGGAUCAAAGAAUGCGUCAAACUGCAGCAGAAGCACCGUCGGCGUAUGGAGCGCAAAUUCCAGAGAGAGUCGACGGAAGCGUCCGUCUCUGAUGUCAUGAGCUUCUCCAGCUACGCAAGCAGCACCUUGAGUCGCAAGUUACACCACUUCAACACUGCCACUAGUGUGCCAUACUCCCAGGCUACUCUUCAUGCCACAGCCAGGGGCAAAACUAAGAUCCAGAAGAAGCUUGAGAAGAAGAAGCAAGGCGACGGGACCUUCAAGAUCUACGAAGACGGACGAAAAAGUGUCCACUCUUUGUCUGGCCUACAACUGGGAAAUGACGUCAUGUUCUUAAAGCAGGGUACAUACGUCAAUCCUAAAGAUCGGUCCCGUCGCAAUAUACGAGACAUGUUCCCAGGUGACAAUGAGGAUGCCAUCUCACGUGCCAUCAGUGAGCCUGACCUGCACGGGCAAGACAUGGAGCGCUCGGAGAUCAGCACCGAUUCGGGUCACGACUCGCUCUUCAACCGUCCAGGACUCGGCACCAUGGUUUUCCGCCGUAACUAUGUGAGCGGCGGACUUUUUGGCAUCGGACGCAGAGACGAAGGCAGUCUGGCAGGCAGCGAGCGAGUCGAUAACGUGCGCCUGCACAGUCGAAUGCAUCGGCAGCCCGGUAUGGACGACGACAGCAUUGGAAGUGCCCGUAGCCUGCAGGAGAGGAAUGUGCAGGAGCUGCCGUGGGAGGAGGUGGAGCUGGGGCUGGACGACGACGAUGAGCCUGAGACGAGUCCGCUGGAAGUCUUUCUGGCCACACAGAGCAUGAAUGAAUUCAUUCCUAUCUUAAAAAGAGAGAAAAUCGAUCUGGAUGCCCUGUUGCUAUGCACAGAUGAUGACCUGAAGAGUAUUCACAUUCCAUUGGGGCCCCGCAAAAAAAUCAUGGACACCUGUCAGCGACGACUGGAGACCAUAGAUGAGCCAGGCUGCCUCGAGGAUACCGAGUUAUGAUCCUAAUGUCUGUUCUUACCUCAUUAAAGGGCCAAUGUUGAAACAACAUAAUGAAGCUAGGAAACAAGCUUAUAAAUCAAACAGAAUGAUGUUUCUUGAAAAUGUGAAGUAGUAGAAGGGUUUCUGUGAUGGUUGGGGUUAGGGAAUGGGGUAGGUUAGGGGAAUAGAAUAUACAGUUUGUAUGGUAUAAAAUACAUUACGUCUGUGGAAUGUCCCCACAAAACAUGGAAACCAGAAUGUGUGUGUGUGUGUGUGUAUAUUGCAGAACUGGUUCAGUGUCCUAAAAGGAUUGCUGAACGUUGUUGUUACAGCAAUGAUUAUCUUUCUAAGAUAGUUUAAGUUGCUCAAAAGUACAUAUAACUGUGGCAAAAAAUGAAAAGAAUAGUGGUAGGAGUAAUCAAAUAGUUUAAUAGAUAAAAGGUGUCAGAGUAAUAGUAGUAGUAAUAACUACUAUAUGCCGCAAUAUGGUAAUAAUUAUGUUAAAAUGUAAUUAGUUUUUAUGUGUCAUGUGGCAAACACGGAGAUCUGAAAUGAGGUCAUACCUCAGUACACUCUCAGUCUUGCAAUAUAUCGACCCCUAUGGGGUAAAUGUUUCAGUGCCUGUGCUGUUUGUGCCUGCACGAUUCCAUACAAAAUGUCAUUUUAGACAACUUUUGUAUAUAAUUUGCUAUUUUGUUAGACACAUAAUGCUCAGUAUGCAGUACACAAAUGUACCAUAGUUCUUCCUUUCAUGUCUUACAUAAGGGAAUUGAAAUAGAAAUGAAUAAUUAGAAUCUGAAUUCAAGGUUCAUAAGACUGUAGGAUAACAGCAUUUGUUUAGGCAUCAAAAUGUUGUUACACACAAUGUUUACAUGUAUCUGGCCAUAACAAAAUUUUAUGAAGUAUAAAUAUUUGGGUGAGUUAGUUUAGACUGUGAGCUCUUUGAAGUGGCCAGUUAUUAUUGUCAGUAAACAGGUCUGCACAAGAACAGGUUUUUUUACAUGUAUUUAUCCAUGUCUUCACUUCAUUUUAUUACCAUUAACAACAUUCCCAGCUGUUUACGUUUUAUAACUCAUACAUCAGAUUAAUUUUUAUUCACAUUUUUUCUUGUGUAAAAAUUACACAAUCAAUUAAUAAAUACAUAUAAUAUAGA